AUGUCGGCUACCCAGAGUGUACAGUGCUUCGGCAAGAAAAAGACUGCCACCGCAGUCGCACACGCAAAGAAAGGCAAAGGCCUCGUCAAGGUCAAUGGCAAACCUCUCGCCCUCGUCCAACCAGAAAUCCUUCGAUUCAAGGUCUACGAGCCUCUCUUGAUCGUUGGUCUCGACAAAUUCUCCGAAAUCGACAUCCGAGUCCGCGUCACUGGCGGUGGUCACACUUCGCAAAUCUACGCCAUCCGUCAAGCAAUUGCCAAAGCUGUUGUCGCUUACUACCAGAAAUAUGUUGAUGAGUACACGAAGAACCAGCUGAAGCAAGCCCUUGUCCAGUACGACCGCACACUCCUCGUUGCCGACAACAGACGGUCCGAGCCCAAGAAGUUCGGCGGUCCAGGUGCCAGAGCCAGAUACCAGAAAUCAUACCGUUAG